AUGGGCGCGACAGAAAGCCCACAUGGGUCUCCUACCCUCCAACCUCAGGAUGACGAGAAAAAGAACCCGAACCCGCAAGACACCACAACCGACACAGAAUCCGCCAAGGCGGCCCUCCCCGAGCCCGGGCCGGGUGCCUUCCCUCCCGCCCCGGACGGCGGUGCCCGCGCUUGGCUCGUCCUUGCCGGCGCGGCAUGCAUCUUCUUCUCAUGCCUAGGCUUCAUGAACUCGUUCGGCGUGUUCCAGGCCUACUACAUGGCGCACCAACUGCGCGACCAACCGCCCGACAACGUCGCCUGGAUCGGCUCACUCAUGUCCUUCAUUCAGUUCGCCGGGGGCCUCGUCGCGGGACCGCUCUUCGACCGCUACGGUGCCUGGGUCAUCCGCCCCGGUGCCGUGCUCUACGUCUUUGCCCUCAUGAUGACUAGCAUCUGCAAGGAAUAUUGGCAGUUCAUGCUCGCGCAGGGCGUGCUGACGGGCCUGGCUAUGAGCGUCAUGCAGGUGCCGGCCUUCGCGGCGGUGUCGCAGUACUUUGACAAGAAGAGGGCCGCCGCGAUCGGUUUGGUGGUUUCAGGCAGCUCGAUCGGCGGUAUUGUCUUUCCGAUUGCCCUGUCCAAAAUGCUGAACGACUCGACGCUUAGCUUCGGGUGGUCGGUUAGGAUCAUGGCCUUUGUGAUCACGCCGUUGUUGGGAUUCUCAUGUUUCGCCAUCACCGCAAGGUUCCCGCCGCGGAAGACGAACUUUUUCUUGCCCGAGGCUUUCAAGCAACUCCGGUUCUUGCUCGUUAUCGCCGCCGGGUGGUGUUGUUUCAUCGGCAUGUUUACGCCACUGUUCUUCCUCCCAUCUUACGCCAUCUCGAGAGGCAUCUCGCCCACGUUUUCCUCCUACCUGCUAGCCAUUGUCAACGGUGCGUCCACGUUUGGGCGGAUCAUCCCCGGUAUCCUCGCCGACAAAUUUGGAAAGCUCACAAUCUUCGGUAUCGGCGGCAUCCUUACGGCUGUUAUCGUCUUGUGCAUGAACACCGCCACGAGCGUCGCAGGCUUGGUGGUCUAUGCCAUCGCAUUCGGCUUCUCGUCCGGCACCAUCAUUUCCGGCUCGAUGGCGGCUCUCUCCAUCUGCACAGAUGAUCCCCGCAACCUCGGCACUUACAUGGGGAUGGGGAUGGCGAUUGCAGCGACUGCGACCUUGGUCGGCCCCCCGGUAAACGGGGUGUUGCUGGAAAAGUAUGGUGGAUAUUUGGAGGUGACCAUCUUUAGCGGCGUCAUCUGCCUAGUCGGUGGUUUCAUAGCGAUCGCUACCAAGGCUACCACAUCGAAUGGGCUUCUCGGGAGGUCUUGA